UGCGGAGCUGAGUGGGAGUGGACUUUGGGGAAGAUAGAUCAGAAGACUUGGGGACCGGGUCCUGGUGCCCAGAGUGGCGCCGGCUCCCCAGAACCACGCCCCCGGUUUCCCCGCCCCUCGGAUUUCGUUUUAGACCUCUCCCAGUCCUCCGGGACUCAGUCUGGUUUACACUGGGUCGCGGUAGGAACGGAGUGACCGGUCGGGGUGGAGAGAGGAUGUUUAACUCCUUAGUCUCUAAUUCCUCCCUCCUUGUCCCUCUCUCCCUUUCUCAUUCGGACGUUUAGGACUUCCAUCCUCCAGGCCUUGACUCUCCCCAGCUGUCUCCUGACCCAAAACCUCUGUGGGCCCCUCGCCACAAGUCGGGUCCCUAAGGCAGCGAGCAGCUGAGGGUUAAGGGGGCGGGGCCGCUACAUUUUUGGGGAGUGAGCGCAUCCUAGCGGUUGCCAAGAGGGGCGCCUGGCAGGGACCUUUCGAAGCCCCCGAGCAGGGGCAACAGACAGGUGAAGUAAAAAGAAAACUAAGAAAUCAGCGCGGCCGGAGGGGGCGUCUGUGUGGAUGGGAUGGGGACGCCAGGGGAGGGGCUGGGCCGCUGCUCCCAUGCCCUGAUCCGGGGGGUCCCGGAGAGCCUGGCGUCGGGCGAGGGUGCAGGGGCCGGCCUCCCAGCUCUGGACCUGGCCAAAGCUCAGAGGGAGCACGGGGUGCUGGGGGGUAAACUGAGGCAGCGAUUAGGGCUGCAGCUGUUAGAAUUGCCUCCUGAAGAGUCGUUGCCGCUGGGACCGCUGCUCGGUGACACCGCUGUGAUCCAAGGGGAUACGGCCCUAAUCACGCGACCUUGGAGUCCCUCCCGCAGGCCGGAGGUUGAUGGAGUCCGCAAAGCCCUCCAGGACCUGGGGCUCCGAAUUGUGGAGAUGGGGGACGAGAACGCGACGCUGGAUGGCACUGAUGUUCUCUUCACUGGCCGGGAGUUUUUCGUAGGCCUCUCCAAGUGGACCAAUCACCGAGGAGCUGAGAUCGUGGCUGACACGUUCCGGGACUUUGCUGUCUCCACGGUGCCGGUCUCGAGCCCUGCCCACCUGCGUGGCCUCUGUGGCAUGGGGGGACCUCGCACUGUGGUGGCCGGUAGCAGCGAUGCUGCCCAAAAGGCUGUCAGGGCAAUGGCAGUGUUGACAGAUCACCCCUAUGCCUCCCUGACCCUCCCAGAUGAUGCAGCAGCUGACUGUCUCUUUCUGCGGCCUGGGAUGCCUGGUGUGCCCCCUUUCCUCCUGCACCGCGGAGGCGGGGACCUGCCCAACAGCCAGGAGGCACUGCAGAAGCUCUCUGACGUCACCCUGGUACCUGUGUCCUGCUCAGAACUGGAGAAAGCAGGCGCUGGGCUCAGCUCCCUCUGCCUGGUGCUCAGCACACGCCCCCACAGCUGAGAGCCUGGCCUUGGGGUCCUGGCUGGCCAGGGGUAGGGUGGCACAGGAGUAGAAGGGGAAGGAGGAUUCAAUAGAGGAUGGUGAACAGUAGUAGUGGGGAGAGGGCCCCAAGAUGGAGGGAGGGCAUAAUGUAACGAAAAGGAUAGGGGCCACUGGGUAAGUCCUUUCCCCAAGAACUAAUAAAAUAGAACUGACCUUUUA